CAGCCAACACUGACACUGGUUUAGUGACAUCAUGUAGCUUCCUCUUCUUACUGCAUCAUCAGGUCUACUGGCUUUCAAAAGGCAGUGUUUUAGAGUCGGACACACACAUCCUCAUAAUCGACACUUAGAUCAUCAUGGCAGCUGAGGGAAAUCCUGUUUGUGGUGGUGUUAUGUUGCUCCACAAUGAACGUGAAGGGAAACACUCGUAUAAAGUGAAUGGCUUUUUUAACUAUAACAAAGGAAAAUUCGCAAGCAAGGGAGAUAAAGUUAUAAUGAUAAACAACACAGAUGUGGAGGAUUUGACUCCACAGGCAUUUGCUGAGCUGCUGGUUGAAGGGUCCCCCUUACUUACCAUACAUCAUUCGCCACAAAGUAAAACCGAAGAAUGUGAAUCUGAGGAAAUCAAUGUGCGUAAAAAGGAGCCGACAGUCAUGAGAUUCAGCAUGAUGAUGGUAAGAGAGGAAGAUCUGAAAGCCACUGGAGUUCAACCAUCGCCCGAGUGGGAAGACAAGGACAUUGAGGAUGACUGUUUCAGUAAAAACAAUCUUCUGCUUGUCUCCAUGGCUGAAACCAAAUUCAGUGUGGUCGUUGCUCGGGGCUGUGAUCCUUACAGCCCUUGCAACAGCUGUGGAGGAAUGAAUUGCCAAUUUAAUGAAGUUGUUGUCCUGCCUUCGACAGCUGAGAUUACCUUAAAUUCUUCAAGGAUUUUGAUGCGGAUUAGAGAGCAAAAUAAUGUGUUCAUUAAGAGUUUCUUGAUGGAAAAGUAUGUCACCCCAGAGAAUCAGCAUAUGCUUUUAAAAGACACCAUGUCAGCAAAAAUCACCCUCUACUAUUAUACUAUCACGACGGACUGUGAAGGUGUUCCUGUUGUACUGAACUUCAGUGGCACAGAAAACUUCUUCUGCUGUACCACCAAGCAAGGUGAAGAUAAGAAGAUUUUGACAGUCAUGAACCAUAAUAAAAAGGACCUGAAAAGAAUCUGUCCUGAUGACCGAGAAAAAUGGUCCCUUGUAUUUUACAUGUCUUGUGGGCGAGACAAUCUCCGGCGUUUUGAGUCGGCUCUUUACAGAGGAUGGUUUAUCUACACACAAAGGGUAGAUGAUAGAGAAGUGGACAUGCAAAAAGAAGAUCAGUUUGACAGUAAACAAGACAGUGCCUUCUCAUUCAUAAUUCUGAGUGAGAAUGGGUCAUGUUAGAUUUCAAGGUCUUGAUAUGGACAUCGCAGAAUUGAGAAGAGUUUGUAUAGUAGUGAUGAAUUAUGUUUUGUAUAUCACACUUGUAUAUGACAUUUUUUUAAAACUGGGAAUUGUUCUCAAAUUAACUUACAAUUCAAAAUAAUGAUUAUUCAAACCCAACCCUAACAUAAUGAACUGAUCUUAUUGGUUCAAGCUGACAUGACCAUCCAUUAAAAAUGUCAAUAAAUUUUUUGGACUGGCAUCUAAAGAAGCAAAUUGGUCAGGUUAGUUUGUUAAGAGAAUGUGCUGAAGACUGUUUAGAAGCGUUGGUUAAAGUUGCCACAUGAGUUUAAUUGUUAAGGUUGUCUUAGAGGAAGCAGCCUUUUCCAAAGAAUGGUGUGUUUUAAUGCCAUCGCAGUAGUGAGCAGAUAUGUAUCAUACUUUAGGCUGACUAUUUUUUUCUUUUUUUUCAUCUUUGUUUUUUAUUCAGCUAAUUCUAAACUGAUGCUUGUAAACCAACAUGUGUAAUUCAUAUUUAUUUUCAUUGCUAACUGCUCAUAGUUACUUUUUGUGCUGAAAUAUUAAAAUUUU